AUGGACAGAGCAAAGAGGCGUUUAGAGCCAUGGAAGAUAGCAGUCAUUGUUGUGUCGGUGAUAGUAGGCUUAGCCCUCAUCAUUGGCUUGAUUACAUUUUUUUUGUGUAAUGAUCAAGACAGAUAUUACAAUUUAUCUUUCCUGAUCAGCAAUGUCAACUACGACCCUCAGUACCAAAGGCAAACCACAGAAGAGUUCAGGAACCUGAGUGAAGAGAUUGAAACCAUGAUGUCUGAAGUAUUCAAGGAAUCCUUUUUAAGUAAAAGAUACGUCAAGUCCCACGUUGUCAGUCUAAGCCCAGAUCCUGGUGGAGUGCUUGCAUCUGUUGUUCUGGUAUUUAAAUUUGCCUCUGCUGACAGUGAAGCAACGACCUGGGGUCACAUCAACCGUGUGUUACGCAGAAGGCUGAAAACAAUCUCAACGGACUUGGAUGUUGACCAGUCUACCAUUAGACUCACAGAGUUGAAUAAGAAAAAGGGAGACAACCUUUUAAACAACUGCUGUGGAUUACGAAGAGAGGCAUUCUCCUUCACAGGAGUGGAGAGAAUAAUUGGCGGUCAGCGUGCGCGGGAUGGAGAAUGGCCAUGGCAGGCCAGCAUCCAGCUGGAUGGGACCCACCGCUGCGGGGCAUCAAUCAUCAGCAAUACCUGGCUGGUGACCGCAGCCCACUGCUUUAGAGGGGGAACUGACCCUCGGAGGUGGACUGCCAGCUUUGGGAUUCUGCUGAGACCUCCAAAACAGAAAAAACUUGUCCGAAGAAUUAUUGUUCAUGAAAGAUAUGGUGAAGUUAUCCUUGAUCACGAACAUGAUGUGGCUGUUGUGGAACUUGCCUCUCCUAUUGAGUUCACAAGUGAUGUGCACAGUGUGUGUCUUCCUGAAGCAUCUCACGUUUUCCCAGACAACAUUUCCUGUUUUGUUACAGGCUGGGGAGCUUUGGAGAAUGAUGGCUAUAGUGUUAAUCAGCUUCGACAAGCGGAAGUGAAAAUUAUAAGUACUGAGAUCUGUAAUAGUAGACAAGUAUAUGGUGGAGCGAUAACACCUGGAAUGUUGUGUGCUGGAUACUUGGAGGGGCAGGUGGAUGCUUGCCAGGGUGACUCUGGUGGGCCACUGGUGCAUGCAAACUCCAGAGGAAUCUGGUAUCUUGUGGGAAUAGUGAGCUGGGGAGAUGAAUGUGGAAAGCGAAAUAAACCAGGAGUGUACACACGAGUGACUUACUAUCGAAACUGGAUCCGCUCCAAAACGGGCAUCUGAAACCUGGAGCAGGUUGAGUUUUGUGGGCUGUGUACAGCUAUGCCUCUGACACAUUCUGCUCUGUGGUCACCGUCUAAAGAGCUGCUGGCUUAGCUUGUGGUCAUGUAUCCAAGCUUGGAGUAGUCUAGGACUUGAAAUUGGUUUGGCCUACAGCCAGACAGGAAUGGACUUGAUACAUGUGACUGUUGUUUGCUCAGAAAGUAGUCUGUCAGAGGGACAACUACCUUCAUCUAUAUGCAAUAUACUGACCCUUUUUUCUCCGUGGUCAAGCAAAGCAUUUGAGCCCAAACAACCAUCUACCAGCAUCCAAGACAAGUUAUAACUGAAACAUGGCCCACCCAUUUGCUGUGUGCUCACAGGACCCUAUCUAUUAAUAGACAAGCUACAAUCCAGUUCCUGACUCCAAGGCUGCUGCACCUCUGAAUUCUUGAUUUUUUUCCUGCAUCAUUCUGGGAAGUGUACUAUAAUGAAGAAUGGAAGAUGGCUUAGAGAAGUCCUGGUUCUUAAUAUCAUGUUGGACUGUUACUUUAGUGAAUAGAGAAUUUUUCCUUGCUGUGUUGUCCUGAAAAAGGAAUUUGUGGAAAACACCAGCUUGUGUUCCACCUUCUUUGACCAAGUGUAUGCAUGCCCACUCAUAACUUCAUAUAAACAGCCUCUAUGACAGCAUUUGCCAUGGGAGUGACUGCUGGACUUAGGAUCGAAAACCACUUUGUGUUCAUACCAGUCUGCUGUCAUAUCAGAGUAGCUGGCUGAAUUAAUUUCCAUUUUUAACUAUCCAGAUUGCAUUUUUCUGAAUAAAAGUCCUUUGCUUUUUGUGCAGGAUGGACAGUAGUAACAAUAUCAGUAUGACCAUUGUUAAAAAACCCCUCCCAAACUGCUUAUUCUUGUGAAUGCUGUUCUCAAGUGUUUAUAAUUGACUAUGUGCAUCUUCAUCUGUAUCUUGAAAAAAAAAAAAGCUUUUGUAUUACAGUGGAAAUGCCCGUCUCCUUCAGAGAAGGGCAGAACUCCUAACUGACCCACUAAUCUUAUGCAAAGAUCUCUCUCUUCUGACAGAAAGUAGGAAUUGCCUGUGUUAUAUUGCCAGACUGUAGCUAACUCAUUUGAUCUCAACCACACAAACCUCAUAUCCUCUCUGACUUGAUGUUUUCAGGAGCCCAUGUUUCUGUCUGCCAGGUAGGUCUCAAACACUUUCUACACCUCAGCAGCAGAACAUGCCUGUUCCUGGUGAGGAUGCUUUCCUUGGUGUGUCCACAGGUUCUCCAAUGCUUUAUGUGCUGUGGACUUAAUUGCUAGAUAAUGAGCCACUCAGCUGCUCUCUUCUCCCUCUGUGGUCAGAAGAGAAAGAACUCUGCAGAGGAGAUACUGGCCACACUGCCAAUACCUGGAGCUGGUCCAGUGUACUAAGCAAGGAAGACUCUUACACCAGAAAAGGCUAACAACAGGCUUUUGGAGUGCUCUUACUUAACAGGAAUGGGGGAAAGACCCUCAGUGGUUACAGGUUAGGAUCAUAGUGUUGUCCAAGUUGAGCACAAGUCAAGUGACAUAAUCAAUGGCAGUUCAGGGACCCUCUCUGACUGUGCAGCUUGCUGCAAAUGCUGCCAAACAGAGCAGCAAUCCAUCCAGCUAACAGAAGUAUUUUGAUUACAUAUCCUGUGAUCUGACUGUUUGCCAGUACAGAGAUCCUAGAGCCUCACUGGAGGCACUGGAAUAUUUGGAUGCCCAGAGAAGGUCUGCAGCUGUUGUGUGUCCUACAGCUGUGUAUACCCGGCAUUUAAUGUUGUUUUUCUCAGGGAACUUCUCUUGUGGAAUGUUGUGAGCUUCAGAAACAAAACUUGGUGGCUUAAUUUAUACAUAGGGAAUAAAAACUGUCAGACUGGUUCCAUAAGUCUGAACUCAACAAAUCUCAUUUUAGUCCCUUCAGCAGAACAUGACUUUGAAGUAUAUUGCUCUUAAAGGAAGCUCAAAGCUGAUGUAUGACAAAUAUAUAUGAUUUUUUUUUUUCUCUUGGCAGUAGCAAUUAUCUUGCCAGGAUGGUGAAAGAAAUUUGAUCUUUAUGAAGAAAAGCAUAAUUACAAGAUACAAUUGGUUUCCAGUUUUCAGAGUACUCUAGACUUGGGUUUUCAGUUUCCCAAUCCUGCUGAAUUUCAUUGUAACUUGGACACUUAGGGUUUUUAGUCCUGAAAAUACCAACUUUCUCACUGGUUCCCCAAAACAGGUUAGUAGAUGUCCAAAAAUUACUUUUGCAUCUGCAAACUUUCUGAUUGUGCUUAUUCUGGGUACAAUAUAUGACAGCCUUAAGCAUUUUGCCCUGUAUCAAGUGCUGCAGUAAAUCUCCUUCUCCAAAGGGGUGCACACAAGGCUGAAAAAGCAAACCUGUCAUUUGCUUAAGGAGCUGCCAGUUCUGAGCAUCCACUCGGAGAGAUACAGUACCUGAUCCGCCUUAAAGCCAAGUGCCAGCACAGUGCAGACAGGAGGAUGGGGAUGAAGAGGACCUGGCAUCUACGUGUGUAUGUUUUGAGAGCCUUUAUUUUGGACUGCCUUGUGGAGUUUUUCCUUGUAGCAGCUGGAAAAUUCUGAUCCAGAUUCCUCUGGAAGCUAGGUAGUUUACAUGUUCUGAGGCCUCUUGGUGAUGCGAAGCAUUACAAAUGGUGACGAUCAAGAAGAGCACUUAAGAGAGCCUCCCUCAUCCACUGGGAAUGUUGGUGUGGAGGGACGUGACAGGUCUGAAUCCCUUACUUGUGGCAAAAAUAUGCUGAUGUCAUUCUUGUUUGGCUUUUCCUGAGAGAUGUUAUGGAAACCUGGAGCCAAAACUUCUUAUCUGGUUUAGGUGGUCUAGCAGAUUUGUGUAUAUUUUAAUCUGCAUUCUCACCUAUUUGUGAGGAAUGAACAUUUUCACUCAAGGCAGAAUGGGAUAUAUCUAACUAUACAAUCAU